AACUGCAACAAUCGUUGUGGCAUGCAGUAAGAGGUUCCGCGUCGAAGCAGCACCACAUAGCCAGUAACCAGUAACAGCCAGUAGCACCUAGCCACCUGGAGCAGUGACAAAACCCGAAACGGAUAUAGCCGAAAUAAGCCACCCGAAAAUGCAGUCCAGUUGUGUGUUAGUGGUCCUCGUGGCCCUGGCUGCCCUGGUGGCCGCUCGUCCAGAGCCGCCUCGUGACUCGUACAGUGCGCCCCCCUCCAGCAGCUACCAGCCAAGUGGACCCAGCGGAGGCUACGGCGCCCCUGCGCCACAGUACGGACCCCCGCAGCAGGCGCCGGUGAUCCACAAGCACGUCUACGUCCAUGUCCCUCCACCAGAGCCGGAAUACCAGGCACCCAGGAAACCCCUUUACGUGCCACCUCCGCAGAAGCACUACAAGAUCGUGUUCAUCAAGGCGCCAUCCCCACCUGCACCGACCGCCCCUGUAAUCCCGCAGUUCCCACAGAACGAGGAGAAGACUCUGGUGUACGUGCUAGUCAAGAAGCCGGAGGAGCAGCCGGAGAUCAUUAUCCCAACGCCAGCUCCCACCCAACCCAGCAAGCCGGAGGUGUACUUCAUCCGCUACAAGACCCAGAAGGAGGAGACCGGACCCUAUCCCAACAGUGUGGCGCCUCCAGCGCCCGAGUACGGAGCUCCAGCUGCCCCGCCCGCACCCUCAGCUCCCAGCAGCUCGUAUGGGGCACCAUCCCACUAGGCGAUCCAGUCCAACCCGAAUACCGAUUUGCUUAUCUCAACCCAACUCAUGGCAAACUGCAUAUCUUAUGUGUAUUGUAUUAUUUUCUGUUUCAAGGACCUUAACGCGUGACAAAGUUUACCAAGCAACGAAUCUCCCCCAUCCCCUCUCCAUAACCCAGCUCAUGGGGGUAUUACUCCUAUAGAUGAGUAAUUCUUACCUCUGAUGUUGUUUCUACCUGAUGUACGAGAAGUAUGUUUUCCAUCUAGGCUGUUUGUUUCAAAUUGUUUGUUUAGUCUUAAGUCUAGGUCUUUAAGCGAACGAUGCGUUAUACACUCACACAAAACACUCGAAACACUCACUGCGAGCUAGCCUUAGUUAUCGAUAGAGAUAUCGAUCUUGAUACCGAUUAACGAUAUAUACGUGGUACACGAUUUUCAUCACAAACGCAUUUUCAAGUAGGCAAUUUAUUCCAAUUUCAUAUUGCACUUUUCGUACACGAUUUGUCAUGAAAUAGAUAUGUGCGAAGCACUCGAAAGGCAACAAAAAAAUGAAGAUUAAAAUACUCAAGUAUAUAAUGUUAAAAAACACAAAACAUCAAUGGCUAAAUAAAAGUUUAACGAAUUAUCUGUA